UAACCUUCGCUUGCAAAGCGGAAAGAAAAUGGCGGCCGUGGCUGCGGAGCCAGGAGCUGCUGCGGCAUCAACGACAGUGGGGGACGGAACCGAGUUCGAGUCGGAGGCCAAACUCCAGACCGAGGCUACGAAUGAUUGCGCGUCGGCGAUGGACUUUAUGCGCAUAGCCAAGGAUCACGAUGCAGCUCCGGAAUGCCGACUGGUCAACGCCGAUACACGGGACAGGCCGGAGCAAGAAGCCGCGGGAAAAGCUAACGUCGCUGUUACCGAGGACGAACAAAUUGAUGCCGGCUGUCCGAAGGGUAGUAGAGAAAGGGAGGCUGAGAUCACACCGAAAGACCGCGGAGGUCUGCCCGUCCGCGGUGAGUGUGAGAGCUUUAACGCGGAGUUUUCGCCAGUUCUUCUGGAGGUUGCAAACGAGGUCAGUCCGUGCGACUCCAUCGCCCGCUUGCAGCCUUCUCCCACUCCCAUCUCCACUUCUGAACCGUCGGUAGUCUUUCUACAUUCGCACUGUAAACCUCCUGCACCAGGGAUAGACUCUGGGCUUGCUGCGCCCUUACUCUCUUUAGUAGAGCCGGUGGAAACUAAGGUCGAGUAUGCUACCAGCCACGGAUCGAAUGCAACGACGGAACCAACCGAGAUAGUGUGCGAGGUCCGAGCUUUAAUCAAACCACGGCUGGUUACGGAACCAGAGUCUAAACCCACAGAUCAUGUCGCUUCUCCCGAGUUGGAGAGCGGUUCGACGGAAGAUGCUGUACUGAAAUGCUGCGAGAUCACUGAUCACACAACCUCUCUGCCCGUAUUAGAAAGGGAGAAACUACUCGGAACCACCGAUGAAGAGAGUAACACCAGAGACCUUACAAACAUUUUUCCUUGCAACUCUUCAGAUCCACAUGAAACAGAACUGGACCCGUUACCCCCGGUGUUGGAAUCGGAGGACUUGUACGCUCAGCGCAUCUUUCACGCCGACUCCACCGAAACUCUGCCCGAAUCAAAGCCCACAAUGACGGGCGGAGAGACCUCUGGGCUGCCGCCCGACUCAAUCGCCCACCUCAGUCCUGGUUCUGAGGUUCGAGUCUCGCUGGAUCACAUCAUCGAUGAUGCACUUGUGGUGUCCUUUCAGCUGGGCGAGAAGAUCUUCUCAGGGGUUCUUAUGGACCUCUCCAAAAGGUUUGGACCCUACGGAAUCCCAGUCACGGUGUUUCCCAGGAGACUGGACAGGGAUAGGCCGGAAUCUAUGCAGCUAAAGCCCGAACCAUUCCCACUCGGCGUGGGGAAGGACGGGGAGGGGGUUGGGGAUUCUACAGACAGUCCUCCCAAAGAAUCUUCCAAAACCCAUGCAACCCCCGCCCCCAACCCUGCCCCUACCCCUACCCCUACCCCUACCCCUACCCCUACCCCAAACUCGUGGACUACGAAACCCCCUCCCUUGUUCCAGGAGGGCGCCCCGUACCCCCCACCUUUGUUUAUCAGGGACACCUACAGCCAAUCCAUACCUCAGCCCCCUCCCCGGAAGAUCAAGAGGCCCAAGAGGCGGCUCUACCGGGAGGAGCCCACGUCCAUCAUGAGCGCCAUCCGGCUGCGGCCGCGCCAGGUGCUCUGCGACAAGUGCAAGGGCGCCGUGGCGACCGGCGACAAGAGGGAGCUCAGGAGGGGUCCCGGCUCGGACUGCCCCUCGGGCCGGGGCGGGGAGGAGGCCAAGCGCCGGCGAGGCGAGAGUGCGGCGUCCAGCGGCGGAAAACGGCCCCGAUCCGAGGAGAGGUCCCGCAGCGCCGAGGGGCCCAAACGGCAGCCCCCAGCGGUCCGGAACUCCUCCUCGUCCUCCUCCUCCUCCUCUUCCUCUUCUUUGUCGGGACAGGUGAAGGGCGGAGGGGGAGGGAACAGAGUGCCCAGGGGGGCGCCGGCGCCCCCGCCCACCAGUAACGCCAAGAAGGUGCUGCAGAGCAAGAACGUGGACCACACCAAGGCCCGCGAGGUCCUGAAGCUGGCCAAGGCCCAGCGGCGGCAGCGGGACACCGUGGUCGUGGCGGUCGCUGACGCCAAGGCCAGGACGAGGGCCGCCGCCCUGCAGGACGCCCAUCAGAAGGUCCACUUCACGCGCCGGCUGCACCGGAUCACCGGGGGCAGCGUGGGCCGUCUGGCCGCCUCCGCCCCUCUCCCGUCCCGGAUCCGCAUCAAGCCCCAAAGGUACCGUAACGGAAAGAACCCGUCGGGCCUCCCCACGGCAGAGGCGGGUGGUUGUGCGAGCUUGCCCAACCCUGCCCUGCCCUGCACCUCCUCCUCCACCUGCUCCUCCUUCUCCUCCUGCUCCCUGGGCAACCCUGACCCCGCCAUUGCCACUGAGAAACAGGGCUGCGCUAGAGAGCUCGAACCCAAGACCCAGCCCAGCAGUCCCCAAACCCAACCCCUGCCUUGUCCGGUAAUAGAAACCGACCCCCAGGCGGAGCCGGGGGAGCAGGGGGGCCGGGAGGGGAAGCGGGAGACACGGAGGGGUAGGCCGGUCAGCCUGUCUGUUUACACGACCGUUGACCCCGGCCGACCUGCCUCCUCGAAUGCCUCUGUUUGUAGUGUCGAUAGCGCAGAGGACCUUAGGUCCUCAAAUUCUGAGUGUAGCUCCAGCGAGACCUUUGUCUCCUUGCGUCCUGUUCUCCUGCGCCCUCCCCCAAUCCCCGGUACCACAUCGUCAUCCUCCUCCUCUUCCUCCAGACAGGGCGGAAGGCCCAGUAGAUCCCCGAAGGCCUCGGCCUUCUCCAAAUCCGUCUCUAAGUCCGUAGCCCCGGACGGCGGGGCUGUGCGGGUGGGGGACAUCGUCUGGGGAAAGAUUUGCGGCUUCCCCUGGUGGCCGGCUCGUGUGCUGGCCGUCACCGUGAGCCGCAAAGGCAAGGGCCUCCCGGCGGGGCCGGAGGCGCGGGUGUCGUGGUUCGGGUCGCCCACCACCUCCGUCCUCGCCCUGGCGCAGGUCUCCCGCUUCCUCGACAGUUUCUCGUCCCGCUUCGACAAGAAGAGAAAGGGCCUGUACCGUAGGGCCGUUGCCGACGCUGCCCAGGCCACCAAACCGCUCACGCCCGAGGUGCGCGCCCUGCUCACGCAGCUCCACACCUGAGGCGGGCCAGGGAAGGGGAAGUAGUUAACCCCCAUCCCCUCUUGCCACACCGCCCUGCCAUUAACCAAUCAGGUCGGCUGAUGUCCCCCCUCCCCAAAACCCAGUGCCUUCCUGAAUGAGUCGUUGAGAUAAUGCAAACUCUUUGGGACUUCUGUUUUCAGCCUCAGUUUCUGAAAUGUCUCGAUCUGGGCUGCUAGGCUUUAUUGGGGGUAGGGAAGCUCAACCGUAGAGUCUCUAGGAUAUUGGCAGGGAACGGAUGAAAAAGGGAGAUGUUAUUUGGGGAUUAGGUUGAACCAUAAGUAUUGCCUCUCAGUUGGCCUGCCCUUAUUUUCGCCACACUCCUGAUCUAUUACCGUCUGGCCUCCAGUGAAGUGGCCUUUGAUUGGCUGAUCUGGCUGUUUGGUGACUGUGAUUGGUGGGGAAUGCGAGCAGAACAUAUAGGAUAUAGAUCUGACGUCUGGUUGUCUUGGUGAUGCUUAAUAGCAGUGUGGUAUGAUGACAGUGUUGCUUGGGGGAGGGGAGGGCAGGUCAGGGCACUGCUUGAUUGGAUACCUCACCUGCCAGUCACGGUUUUCCACAGCUCGUCUUUAUUCAGUGUGACAAUUCGGUAGCAGCAAGGUUACAUGAGAAUACAAUACAAUACAAUACAAUAGAAUUCUGCUGAAUAUUUUUUGCACACAGUCUUCAUACUUCUCCUGUUCUUCUACUUCUACUGUUCCUAAGCCCCCCCUGCCACCCAAUAGGAAAGCAAAUUGACGAUCGGAUCAGUAUUGCAUCUGUUCCGUGAUUUAGCUAAAAAUAACAUUUUGUCGCACACAGCCUGUCUUUAUAGGUCUGCUGUAUUUUUCAUUUAGUUUAGUCUUUUAGUCUGUUUCAACAUUUACUGAAGCAAUUCAGGUUCUGGGGCAGCCUGUAGCCUAGUGGGUAAGGUACAUGACUAGGACCUGGAAGGUUGGUAGUUCAAGCACAGGUGUAGCCACGAUAAGAUCCGCACAGCUGUUGGGCCCUUGAGCAAGGCCCUUAACCCUGCAUUGCUCCAGGGGGGAUUGUCCCCUGCUUAGUCAAAUCAGCUGUGAGUCGCUUUGGAUAAACGUCAGCUAAAUAACAAAUUAUUAUAAUUAUGAUUAGGUUCCGUUCAAGUGGCUUUCUCAAGGCUCGGACCACAGUGCUUCAGCUGAGAAUCAGACCCACAGCCUGGAUAGUUCCCUGUGCAUUGUGCCACACUGCCGACCUAUGAGUGAAAUGUAUUAAAGUAACAGAUGGAAAAACCCUAAAUGUUCUAGUUUAUCGCAUGUGUAAUUCAAAGCACAAAACCUCAACCAGCAAAACAUAGACCGGUUCCUUUUUUUAACGAUACUGCGGAGCUGAAACCAGCUAUUUCACCUUUCCCAGAGGCUUGCAUGCUUCUACCAUUUACUGAAAAGUGACUUCUGUAGGCGCUGAAUAUCAGCAUACCUGCAAUUCCACCUUUCCUCCCUGAGAGUAUACGCUCCCCCUUUGGGGAAUUUCUUCUUUCUGUGAUCCCUGAUCUCACUGGAGAAGAGUGCCUGCUAAAACUCCAGUGAAGAGAAAUAGGGCUAGCAAAUUCUUUCUGUGUGGGAGCAGACUUGUACUGUCAGACAGCGCCUCGUAGGUGUAGACUGUCAUGACGACCGUUUUGGAUAUCACAAACUGAACUGAAUGCAGGAUUUAGUUUGCCGGUACGCUUUCUGCAGAUGUUUCAUUUGGCCUACCUGGCUCAAAUGUAUAAUUCUUUUGCGUCAAAAUACUUUUCUGGGCUUUACUGAGCUUGUCUGGUGUAUUGGAACCUAUGAAAUACUCUGG